AUGUCCUCCAAUGCCGACCCAGCUCAGGCUGAAGCGAAACCCCACGCUGCCUCUCCCCAGGAGCAGAGCAAUGUCCCAGCUACGGAGACCAUUGCCUCGCCUCGCGCCGGCUAUCGCUUCUGGCUGGCCUUUUGGUCCAUCGCGCUGACCAAUCUGGCCGCGGCCUUUGACGCCACCACGCUGUCCGUCGCCUUGCCGAAAAUAUCCAGCGACCUGGGCGGAUCGUCGACGGAAGCCUUCUGGGGCGGGACGUCCUACCUGCUGGCGACGACGGCCACGAUGCUGAUCUGGGUCAGCGUCAGCGAUGCGGUGGGCCGGCGCAUCGCGAUCCUCACUGCGCUUGUGCUCUUUGCAGCCGGCGCCGUCAUAUGCGCCGUGGCUGCCGACUGGGCCACCAUGCUAGCCGGGCGCACGGUGCAGGGCGUGGGCGGCGGCGGCGUGGUCGGCCUCACCGUGGUGCUCAUCACGGACCUGGUGCCGCUUCGCCGCCGCGGCAAGCUGUACGCCCUGAUCAGCGUGGUGUGGGCGGUGGGCAGCCCAAUCGGGCCCAUCAUCGGCGGCGCGCUGAGCCAGGCCGGCGCCUGGCGAUGGAUCUUCUGGAUGAACCUGCCCAUCAUCGCCGUGAGCAUGGCGGGCAUCGCCGUCUUCCUGCGGCUGUCGCACCGCCGGCGCACCGUCGCAGAGGCACUGCGGUGCUUUGACGGCCCCGGCUCCGUGCUGUUCGUGGCGUCGGCCACGGCGCUCAUCAUGCCCAUCACAUGGGGCGGCACGCAGUAUCCCUGGUCGAGCUGGCAGACGCUGGUGCCGCUGCUGCUGGGCGUGCUGGGCAUCGCCGGCUUUGGCUGGUACGAGAAGUGGUCGCAGGCGCGAUGCCCGGACAAGGCGCUGCUGGUGCCGCCGGGCAUCUUCUCCAACUACUCGGUGCUGCUCCUCCUGGCGAGCAGCACCGUGCACGGGCUGGUGCUGUACAGCUUCGUCUACUACAUGCCCGAGUACUUCCAGGCCGUCAAGCUCUACUCGCCCGUCAUCUCCGGCGUCGCGGCGCUGCCCCAGACCGUCACCAUUGUUCCCUGCGCGGCCCUUGUUGGCGUCGUCGUCGGGCUCACGGGUCGGUACCGGUGGGCCGUUUGGGCCGGCUGGCUACUCGUCAGCGGCGGAUGCGGUCUGCUGGUCCUGCUCGAUGCCCAUACCAGCGUCGCGCAGUGGAUAUUCCUACAGGUUGUCUCGGGACUGGGCCUCGGGCUACUCUUCCCGUCCCUCUCGCUGGCAGUCCAGGCGUCGGUUCCCGAGAGCACCGUCAGCACGGCCGCGACGCUGGUUCUCUUCUUUCGAUCGAUGGGCCAGGCGCUGGGCGUUGCCGUUGGCGGCGCCAUUUUGGAGAACCAGCUGCGGAUGCGCUGGGAAAAUAUACCGGGCCACGCAUCGCAUGGCAGCGGAGGCAAGCCGGGAGAUGUCAUGGCGCUGGCAUCGCUGCUGAAGCAGCUCCCGCGCGACGACGGCUUUGCUGUGCAAGCGCGAGAUGCACUGGCGGCGUCUUUCCAGGUCAUCUGGAUUGCUGCUUCCGCUCUUUCUGGCGCUUGCUUUUUGGCUAUGCUGCUGCUGAAGGAAUAUGAUAUGAAUCGAGCGCACCUCAGCACCCAAAGAUUCGAGCAUAGCGAAAUCGAGCAGGCAACGCCUAAGACGAGCGCCUGA